AGAGAGAGAUAGAGAGUGAGAGGGCGAGGGAGAGAGAGAGAGGGAGAGAGAGAGAGAGAGAGAGAGUGAGAGGGCGAGGGAGAGAGAGGGAUUAACGUGAGCGCGCAGCUCGCCCCCGCAUCGUCCGUCCAUCGGCGGAGAGAGAGAGAGAGAGAGUGAACAUGAACAUGACGGCCCGGUGUGUUCGGUCUCUGUCCGGAUCCCUGAAGCCCCUGCUCAUCAACCGGUGUCCCAGGGUUUAUGGUGCUGCUGCAUGUAAUCGGAGACACGCGUCCACCUACACAAACAUACCUCCUCCUGCACGGUAUGGAGGCAGACACACAGUGACUCUGAUUCCUGGGGAUGGCAUUGGACCCGAGCUGGCCAACCACGUGCGUGAACUAUUCAGGUUCUGCUGCGUACCUUUGGACUUUGAGGUCGUCAACGUGGACUCAACUGUGGCCUCAGAAGAUGACAUCAAUAAUGCCAUAAUGGCGAUCAGACGCAACGGAGUCGCACUGAAAGGCAACAUCGAGACCAACCACAACUUACCACCAUCCUACAAGUCCCGGAACAAUCUGCUACGCACCACUCUGGAUCUGUAUGCCAACGUGAUGCACUGCCAGUCUCUGCCCGGAGUGAGGACACGCCACAAAAACAUCGACAUCAUGAUCAUCAGGGAGAACACAGAGGGCGAGUACAGCAGCCUGGAGCACGAGAAUGUACCGGGCGUCGUGGAGUGUCUGAAGAUUAUCACCAGGACCAAAUCUCUGCGCAUCGCCGACUACGCGUUCAGGGCGGCUCGGGAGAACGGACGCAGACGAGUCACUGCAGUACACAAAGCAAACAUCAUGAAGUUGGCUGACGGGCUCUUCCUGGAGUGCUGUCAGGAGGUUGCCAGCGGUUACCCUGAAAUCACCUUCGACAGCAUGAUUGUAGACAACACCACCAUGCAGCUUGUUUCCAGGCCCCAGCAGUUCGACGUGAUGGUCAUGCCCAACCUGUACGGCAACGUAGUGAGCAGUGUGUGCGCUGGGCUGGUCGGAGGACCAGGCCUGGUGCCUGGAGCAAACUACGGAGAGAACUAUGCCAUGUUCGAAGCGGGAACCAGGAACACAGGAAAGAGCAUCGCCAACCGCGACACGGCAAACCCCACGGCCAUGCUGCUGGCCUCCUGCCUGCUGCUCGACCACCUGAAGCUCCACGCCUACGCCAGCAUGAUCCGCAGAGCCGUCCUCUCCACUGUCACCGAGACGCGGCUGCACACUGCUGACCUGGGAGGCAAGGGCUCCACCUCGGACGUGCUCCUGUCCAUCAUGAAUGCGAUCCAGAGCACCGGGCCACGAACACUGAGCAUCUAGAACGCACAGGUCCAAAAUAUGCAAAUAAAACAUCGAGCAGCAUAGAUUUGACUACCUCUAAAACUCUCCUAUGCAGUUUUUAUGGGAACAACAGUGAGUUAUUUAAUGUAAUGUCUUAAAAAAACCUCUCUGGAAAAAAAACAAAAACCUAUGCAACUGUUUUUAUUCACUCAGGGUUUAGUAGUUCUUACGAUCUUACUGUAUAACAUAAUAUAGAUUGUUUCCUGACCUCUUUGCUGUUUUGGAAGUUGUUUGAGCACUUUUGUGCAGCAGUUUGUGCUACACCUAGUCAUUUCCAUGUGUAGCAGUUUAUUUAUUAUUCACUGAAAAUAGUUAUUCAUGCAUUUGAAGUUUAAAUUAUUUUUAAAUAGCUGUCCUGCUGCUGAGUCAGAAUUUUUGGGCUGUUGGUCCGACACCUCUAAUAAAGAAUGUUUCCCUGGA